AUGGCCACCUCUCUUUCCGCUCUACAAUAUGAUACCAACUCCAAGCUCCUUGACGUCCCAGAUGCGAGUGAGGAUAUUGAAAUGAACGUCAAACAGAUCAACAAACUGACCCAGGACCUGGUAAGCGAAAAUAACCCUAACUUCACACCUCAGCCCCGCGACGAUUCGACUGCGAUGAUCAAAAAACUAUUUGAGAACGGACUGAAGCAAUUGCAGCAGCAGAAAAUGGCAGAAGCUCUCAAAUCCGUCAACCUGGCCAUAGAGAUGGCCCAACGCAAACGGACCAGUUGGGAAGCUUUUGCGGUGCAAUUGCAAGAAUUACAGUUUAUGAUGAAAAACAGGGUCGAUCUCUGUCUGGUACAGGGCAAGUUCAUGGAUGCAUUGCAAGAUCUAGAUUUUUUACAGAACACUGGUCUCACCACGUCUGACGUUUUCAUCCGAAAGACAGAUUCCCUGCUGAAACUGAAACAGUACGAACAGGCUCGCGCAGAGGUCGAGCGUGGUCUAAGUCUGGACCCUACCAAUGCCAAACUAAGGGUUCUACAUAUCGAAAACACUCGCAAACUGGCUGAGUACAACGGUGACGUGUAA